AUGAGGCCAAGUCUACUCACGCAGUCCGACAGGCAGUCCUACACAUACCCCCGCUCUCCCUGUGUGCAAACUUGGCACCUCGCUGCAAAAAUACGCGACGCGCAGAGUCCGGCAUCCCGCUUUCCCUGUCUUUUCCCAAGCACGCGUCGGCGCGACAGCAAGCCCACUUCGCGACGAUACGCCGGCCUUCCCGCGCACCGCUCGGCCUCGACACCAGCCCCCCGCGCCCGCCUCAAAACCUGGGAAAGUUUACAGCAGCAGCAGCGCGUCGGCAUCUGCCGCAUCAUCCCACCAGGUGACCGCACACCUGCCCCCGGUGCACGCGUCAGGGAACCCGCCGCGAGGAGGCAAGCGGCGGUCGCCCGGUCUAUUACGCUACCCACGACGAGCACGGCGUCUGGCGGGGCCCUCCCACGGCGGCGGUGCACGCGGCUGCGCCUAACGCCAUCCAGCGCGCGACCGACUCUCACUGCGACGCUGCCCAGGCGCGCCGCCUGGGAGCGUCGCCUGGGGCUGGGCGACACCCAUGGGAACGCGCGCAGGACCGCGGGUGGUGGCGCGCGAUGGGCUGUGAUGGCAACUGACGCGCACGGCCCGUCCUGCAAUCAAAGCGUAAGACAAGUGUAA